GGCUGUGCUGCGGCCGCCCUCCGUCCGUGCUCCUCCUCACCUGGCUCUGCGCGCCCCUGCUCGGCCGGCCCGGAGCCGCACACGCGGCAUAGCAGAGGAGAUGCUGUGUUUUGAGAGAAGCUUCAUCUGGAAACAACACGUACCCUGAGGAUGCUGUAUCGUUGCACAGGAGGUCGUCUUACAGGAACACAGAAAUGGUGAAAGUGCAACUUUGCCUCUGCAUUGCUUCAAGCUGUAUCUGAACCUUCUUUUAUUGCUAAAAGUGAAGAUCGUUUGUUUAAGCAUUUGUUUGAAGACUAUCAAAGAUGGGUUCGUCCAGUGGAACGCUUGAAUGACACAAUAAAAAUCAAGUUUGGCCUUGCAAUCUCUCAGCUAGUAGAUGUGGAUGAGAAAAAUCAAUUGAUGACAACAAAUGUGUGGUUGAAACAGGAAUGGAUAGAUGUAAAAUUAAGGUGGAAUCCUGAAGACUAUGCUGGAAUAACAUCUAUCCGUGUUCCAUCAGAUUCUAUUUGGAUUCCAGAUAUUGUGCUGUAUGACAAUGCAGAUGGACGUUUUGAGGGAACAUCUACAAAAACUGUGGUAAAAUAUGAUGGCACCAUUGCUUGGACUCCACCAGCAAACUACAAAAGUUCUUGUACUAUUGAUGUAACAUUCUUCCCCUUUGACCUUCAAAAUUGUUCAAUGAAAUUUGGUUCCUGGACUUAUGAUGGCUCACAGGUUGAUCUAAUUCUUGAAGAUUAUGAUGUAGACAAAAGAGACUUUUUUGAUAAUGGAGAAUGGGAAAUAGUGACUGCAACAGGGAGCAAAGGAAACAGGACUGAUGGAUGCUGCUGGUAUCCUUUUGUUACAUAUUCAUUUAUAAUUAGGCGUUUGCCACUUUUUUACACUUUGUUUCUCAUUAUUCCUUGUAUUGGGCUUUCAUUUCUAACUGUCCUUGUCUUCUAUCUUCCUUCAAAUGAAGGUGAAAAAAUUUCACUCUGCACUUCAGUACUGGUAUCUUUGACUGUUUUUCUUCUUGUUAUUGAAGAAAUUAUUCCAUCAUCUUCUAAAGUUAUCCCACUCAUAGGAGAGUACUUGGUGUUUACUAUGAUAUUUGUGACCUUGUCCAUUGUGAUCACUGUCUUUGCUAUCAACAUCCACCACCGCUCCUCGUCCACACACAACGCCAUGGCACCCUGGGUUCGCAAGAUAUUUCUGCACAAGCUGCCCAAGCUGCUCUGUAUGAGAAGCCAUGUCGAUAGGUACUUUGCUCAGAAGGAGGAAACAGCAAAUCUGAAUGGAUCAGAAUCAUCCAGGAACACCUUGGAAGCAGCUCUGGAUUCCAUCCGCUACAUUACGAGACAUGUGAUGAAGGAGAAUGAAGUUCGCGAGGUUGUUGAAGACUGGAAAUACAUUGCUCAGGUGCUUGAUCGAAUGUUCCUGUGGGCUUUUCUUCUGGUUUCAAUAAUUGGAUCACUUGUGUUAUUUAUUCCUGUUAUUCAUAAAUGGGCAAGUAUAAUAGUCCCUACCCAUAUAGGCAGUACAAAUGCAUAAAAUAUUUUUGGAGCUAUGUCCUACUGAUCUGGCUCUAAGUUUUGCAGUAGCUUUGUUUCCAUGCAUGUUCUUUGUAGGCAUGUUUCUGGUAGAGUGAAAAAAAAAUCCAGAACUAGAAAAUUAGGUUUAUCUUAAAGCAUGGCAUUCCCAGGACACAUAGAGGUCAGUCUGCUUAUUGCCAGUCUACUCAGUUACUGCCAAGCCAGGUCAGAAUUAAAAGAAUCUUUUCAAGCCAUGGCAUGUAUGAUUUAUCAAAAAAGCAGCCACUGACACCUACUGUGAUAUAGAAGGAUUUCAAUUUUUUAAUGAUGAACACUGUAGUCCAAUUAUUAAAUUACUAUAUAAAUCGUUAUACUGAAUAUUACAUAUUUGCAGUUACACAGUAGAGUUGUUUAUUUCAAUUUUGUAUACAAAGGUGAAUUUUCAUCAGUUCUCUUCAGUGUGUUGUAGAAGUCUGAAAUUUCACCAGAGUGAAAUUUAAAAUAAUAAAAAUAUAAGUUAAACUUCCUGUAUAUCUAAUAUACAACUAAGAACAGCAAUUUGGCCAUGUUUGGCCUUUAUAAAUUUUCAGGGGAAUUUGCUGCUAAAUUUUAAAGCUUGAUAAUUCUGUGAUACCAACCCGAGCAUUUAAUGAGCCUUGAAAUGCCUAAAGCAUGUAUGUAUAUUGAUGUCUCCAUCAGCUUUGGAAAGGAAGGCAAAGGCAGUUAACUGAGUUCCCAAGGUGCAUAAGUAUUCUAAGGGGCUGCAACAUUCAGAUUGCUUUACUCUUGAUGAAGAAUUUGAUACAGUGUGUGAGUUUACAGACAUGUUCAUUAUUUCCUGUAUCUGGAUGUUUCUCAGAAUUAAGAUUUUUAAGCACAGGCAGAAGGAAUUUGUGGAGCAUCUUUCUGACGGAAGUGGGUUAUAAAUUACAAUGCUGUGGAACCAAAUGGAGAUGAUUAAUGAUUUUCACAUUUGUUUAAUUGAACUUAAGAGAGCUACCUUGGAUUAGUUCUUUCACUUUAAAAAACACAUGUAACUCUAAGCAGCAAGGACUUGGAGUUUUCCAUAUUUCCUUUUUCCUAAGAUCAUUGAAAACGAACUUGCAAUUUUCCAAUUGUUCCUUUAAAAUGCAUUCUUUACACUGAUUCCAAUGCCACCUUUCUUCCUUUCUUAAUAGUUUCAUUUCUGGAAAAGACUCUAAAAUAGUUGGGUGUUUUCCUACACUAAAGUUUUUUCAGUGUUGUUCAUAAUAGAAUUGCAUCCUGUAGGCCUAAUACAGGAGUAGAGCAGGCGAGAGCAAAUCUUAGGAAGUUUUUGUUUGCUUAAAUUACUGCAUGAAUAAUAACAUGUUUAGGUGAGAAGUUUUAAUGUAAACUGUGGUAUCUUCAAUAAUUUAAAGUUUUUAUAGUGAUUAUAAAUUUGAACAACAGUAUUUGUUGUAUUUCUCCCACGCUCCCUCCCAGAUCUCCUUUAGAAAAGCCCUGCUCUAAUUAUAAUAUUGAUUACUUAUGUCAUAAUUUAUAUAUAAUUUAAUAUUUAUUUCAAAAUGUUUUAAUCUGCAGGACAGUCUUGGUUUUGUGUAGCUUUUAAAGGCUCACAGGUAGGGAAAUUAUAUCAGGCAGACCUUUUUUUUUCUUUUUUUUUUAUAGUAGCAGUUAGGGAUUUACUCUUCUUCAGUUACACAGUUACAUCUGACACUGGAUAUCCAUGUUUCCUCUAUUCCCAUCAUAACUUGCAAGGUGAAUUUGCAAAGAUUAUCUGUUUUAAUUUGUUAAUAUAAGAGCUUUAACUUCCCAGCAUUGCUAAGGUUAAACAAUGCAUCAAUGACUUUUUCUGUGUGCAACUUGCAGAAAUACUUCAGAUAGCUUGUUUCCUCUUCAAAUACAGCAUUUCUUUUUAAAGUCUUCCAUAGGUUUGAAUUACUGAAAUUUACUCUUACCUGUAGAGAAAGCAAAGUGAGUACAACUGUAGAUUAUAUAUAUAUCUUAUUUUUUUACUCUCCAUUUCAUCUUUUCCCUCUUGUUCAAUGAUGUCUCCAGGCUGCUCAGUUACAUCAUGAUGGGGAGCACAUUGUCCAGUGGAGUCACGCUCUCUAUGAUAGUAACUCACAGUUUUUGCAAAUGCAUGAAUUUCUUUUAGUGACUUCUAGUCUGAUCAUGAUAGAUUCAGAUAACACAGCUGACACUGGAAUCCUUGGGGUCUUCUGCUUAUCAGGUGUGUCUGAAACAAAAGAAUGCUAAUAUACUCAGAAGCAUGGACUUUUACUUCUGUAACUUACUGCUGAAUGUAUUGAACUGUAGGUAAUACUACCUUAUAUAGAUCUCUGUCACUUGCUCAAAAUAAA